UCAUUCGCCUUCAUCAUGAGGGGAAUCGUCCUUGCUCUGCUGCUCACCCUUGCGGGGAGCCAAAAGUUUCCAAACAGAGGCCAGAAGUCCCAAAACAAAGGUCAAACCCCAGAUAAUGGAAUCAUCACCUCCAAAUUCAUGAUAGACUUCCCUGAAGGGACUCUGCACCACUACAAAUAUGAGAGUGAAACCCGGAGCACAGUCAGUGGAGAAAGUCUGGGACAAUCGGUUGUAAAGAUGACAGCUGACAUAUCUGUCCAUGCAGAUGGUCCGAAUAAGAUUUUCUCGAUUUAUGGUCUUAGAAUGCAAGAACGUGUUGGAUUCCCUAUUCAGCCCAGAGAUCAGUUUGCUGAGCCAAAGGACCAGUUUGUUGAGCCUCCCAAGCAAGAUGACAGACUGGCUGCUUGUGACCUGCACAACUAUCGUGCUGUCUACAGGAAUGGACAGUUUGGCGAGAUCCGUGUGGCAAAAGAGGCCCCCCGUGUAUGUGUGAAUCAUAUGAGAGCAGUCAUGAACUUGUUCAUUGCAAACAUAAAAGACCAGAAUGAAUUUCAGCUGAAAGAGGAUGGCAUUGUGGGUGAGUGCCUCACGAGGUAUUCCAUCACAGAUGACAGGAACAAGUGCCCCAUGAUCACCAAGACCAAGGACUACAGCAACUGUGAUAACAAAGUCCAGCGGACCAUUGGAAUGUCUUAUUUCCACCUCUAUCCAAAAUGCCCUCUGAAAAACACAAUGGUUCAAGGGACUGCAGCCUUUGUCAUGAAGCUGAAAUGUGAUGGUCCUGUAAGCAUGAUUUCUGAAGUUGAGUCUGAGGAAGUAUACCAAAUUGCUCCAUUCAGUGAAGCUGACGGUUCUGGAGUAUUUAUAACCAGGCAAAAACUGAACUUGGUUGAAGGUCAAAAACAUACCCCACAACAAAGUCAACAACAGAAAGGUGUUGAAGAGAAGAUUGUAAGCAUUCGUUAUGAAUUUGAAGAAAAUCUGCCCGAGAUGGUGAUCAUUGAAGAUGCUAAGAAACAGGCUGAGGAAAUUCUGCGAGAGGCCGAUCACUGGGAAAACGUCCCCCUAGAGGCUCUCCCCAAGUACAUAGACCUUAGCCAACUGUGCCGCCGUUUGACUGUAGAGGAGAUGAAUGCCCUGUACAAUAUAGUGGAGCGCAAACCCAAGGCCAGACAGCUCCUGUUGACUGCAAUUGUAUAUUCAGGCACUUUUGAUUCCAUGAAGUUCGUCAAAGACAAAUACAUCAAAGGUGAACUGCAGAAAAUGGAACCUUAUUGGGUCCUUCCAAUCCUCUUCCACACUGCCAACCCAAAUGUUGCUAGAGUAGAGGACACAGCUCGACUAGCAGCCGAAAUACUCAACCAUGUUCAUAGUACUGGGUCAUUAUGGCUUGAGAAGCUUGUCCUCCUGGCACAUGGAUCUCUAGUCUACAGACAAUGUUCUCUGGCUCGAUCUUGCCCCAACAAAUUGCCUGAGCCCCUCCACAACUUCCUCACUGAAGCAGUCACGCGUCACGAUGAAAAACGCAUAAUAUUGGCUCUGAAGUCAAUUGGCAAUGCUGCCCAAAUAGCCAGCUUGAAAUUAGUGAGACCCUUGGCAGAGAACGAUAAACACGGCAAAUUUGUCCAGGUUGUUGCUAUUCAGGCACUGAUGAAAAUCGCCAGACAGGAUUCUGCAAGGGUUCAUGGCAUUCUCUUCCCGAUCUAUAUGAAUGCCUCUGCUCCUAUUCAAGCUCGAAUUGUGGCUUGCAUGGCCAUCUUUGAAACAUACCCAACUCUCCCAAUUGUCACAGCUGUCGCUAAUGUUGCAUUCAGAGAGAAGGAUCCACUGCUUUUCUCCUUUGUCUACUCUCAGCUGAAGGCUUGCUCCAAACUGAGGAUCCCAAUGUACUACAACCUGUCUUCUUAUUGCCAUGUGGCCUUGAAACUUAUGAAUCCUUGGUUUGUCCAGUUGCGUGGAGAUUACAGCAAAGUUGUUUAUUUGAACAUGUUCAAUAAUCUUUACAGAAUGGGUGGCCUUUUCAAAAUGUAUGUGAUUGACAACCUCAGAAGACCAUUCCCCUCAAGUGUCAUCUUAAAAUCAGAAUUAACUUUCUCCGGCAUAGUUGUUCAGCCAAUUGAUCUUACAGUGCACAUAGAAGGCGUAAAGGAAUGGUGGUCAAACCUCGAGCGCCCAUUGCAGCAAUCCUCUAGCCACCAGAAGAUUAAAGAUACAGAAAGACAGCUGCCAGGAUUCAAAGACAUAGCCCUUGAGCGUCCUUUGCUCGGUGCCAAGAUCUCAGUUUUCAACAAAGAAAUCAUGUAUUUCACCAAUGAAGAAGUAGUACAACUUGGGAACUUAGAGGAAGGAAGACUUGGAUCUCAAGCCAUUGGAAUGAUUUACCAGGUCUUCAAAAAUAUGAAUGAGCAAUGGAUUCUAUCUCUGAUGGCGGAGGUUCGAUACCUGGUUCCUACUACUGCUGGUGAACUACUUGAUGUCAGUGGCAGUGCCAUCGUCAUGCCAUAUACUUCAUUGAAGGCAAAAGAACUGGAAAAUGAACAACAGCAGAAGAAGACUCCCAAUAUCCAGAAGGGACUUCAGCUUGAGAGCUCAUCUGGCCUCCAAGGAUUUGGAAAGUUUAUGUACGGAAUGAACACAGGCUACUCCCUACAUAUCGUUGAAAUCACAGGCAAAUUCAGGACACAAACCUCCCUGGAAUUGAAUGCCACAUGGGACUUGGAAGCUCACAACUUCAAAUUUGAGUUCAAACCAGUUCGUGAGAAGUAUGAGCUGGUAGUGGCAAGCCACGAGGCACAUGUUGUCGCAAGGCACCUGCGUUAUGAAAAAAAAGCUCCAGUCCUUCCCGAAAGACCUUUUGAGGAUAUCUUGCAAGAAGAGUUCCAGCCAAGGAAAAGCGGCAUUAAACAGCAAUCAAGAUCCUCCUACAAACAGGACUCUAGAGAUUGGUGUCUUCCACUAUCGGUGAUCCCGACAAAGGUCUGCUUGGAGACCGUGAAGAAAACAAAGGAUGCUGUGCCCACCCGGAACACAUGGAUGCACUUCUUGUGUGAAAGACAUGAAAUCAGGCUUCUGCUGACACCAGUUGUUGCUAUGGAGAAGAUCAAGGGAGAAAUCCAACUAGGUCCUGAACUACCCAGGAUGAAAAGAGACACCAAACAGAAUGGAGGAAGGGAUGAGUGCCGCAAUUUCCAAUUUCCAUCUAAAGGCCAGGAGGCAGCGUGCACAGAUGACUAUAGGCCUGUCUGUGGCAGUGAUGGUAAAACCUACGCAAACCUGUGUUUGUUUUGUAUUGCCAAAAGGGAUAGUGGAAACACGAUCACAAUAGCCCAUGAAGGUGCAUGUGAGCGAAAGGAUGAGUGCCGCAAAUUCCAAUUUCCACCUAAGGGCCAGGAGGCAGCGUGCACACUAGAAUAUAUGCCUCUCUGUGGCAGUGAUGGUCAAACCUACGCAAACCUGUGUUUGUUUUGUAUUGCCAAAAGGGAUAGUGGAAACACGAUCACAAUAGCCCAUGAAGGUGAAUGUGAGCGAAAGAAUCUGUGCCAUGACCACCCAGCUCCACCUGGCAGAGGUGAUAGCCCAUGUACACGUGAGCUUGCUCCUGUCUGUGCCAGCGAUCAUAAGACCUACUCAAACCCAUGUUGCUUCUGUAAUGCCAGACGGAGAAGUGGAAAUACUCUUACAGUGGUCCAUGAAGGUGAAUGUGAGCAAAAGGGUGGAGGCAAGUGGCAGAAGAAGCCUUACAAGCAAACUGAACAGCAAUUUGGUGACUGCUAUGCAAACUCAGACAGUUCCAGCUCUUCUUCCUCCAGCUCUUCUUCCUCCAGGCCUUCUUCUUCAGACUCCUCCAGUUCUUCCUCCUCCAGUUCUACCUCAUCUGAGCCCUCUAGAUCCUCCUCCUCUUCCUCCUCCUCUAGUUCCUCCUCCUCCUCCUCCUCCUCCUCUGAGCCUUCCACUAAAAAAAGACAAGGGAGGAAGAAAGGGGACAGCAGCAGCAGCAGCAGCAGCAGCAGCAGCAGUGACUCCAAGAGCAGCAGCAGCAGUGACACCAGCAGCAGCAGCAGUGACACCAGCAGCAGCGAGAGCAAGGGGACACGCCGCCACGGAAACAAGCGCCUUUAUCAGAAGAAAUCUAAAUACAGUCCUUCCAGCAAGAGCAGCAGUACCAGCAGUGACGACACCAGCAGCAGCAGCAGCAGCAGCAGCAGCAGCAGUGACACAAGAAGGAGGAGCAGCAGCAGCAGUGACACCAGCAGCAGCAGCAGUGACACAAGUAGCAGCAGCAGCAGCAGUGACACAAGUAGCAGCAGCAGCAGCAGCCAGAGUUUUGAGAAGAAGAGACCUCCACGAGAGAUUUACCAAUACUCUUUCAAGUCAGUGAAAAAACAGCAGUGGACCAAACAGGAAAGCAAUGGCAAACAGAGGCCAAGGAGUAGCAGUCAGAGCAGCAGCAGCAGCAGCAGCAGCAGCAGCAGCAGCAGCUCCUCUCCUGCAACUUCUAGCUCCAGCAGUGAGGAAGAUGUAAAAAUUCCGGGAAAAUGGAUAAGAAAUUCCUACAUUCGUGUUCGCGUAAUCCGUCUUGAUAACAAGCAGCAUGGAUUUGACGCUGAAAUAUUGAAAGCUCCCAACUGGAUAAGAAUGACUGUGACAAACAUCACACAGCCAAGCAAGCCAUUUAUCUGCUGGGACUCUGGAAUGGUCAACCCUUACAAAGUCAAGUCAUCUUUGAAGGCAGGCCGGGAUUGCAAGGAAUACGAGGUCACAACUGAAGUCGAGACCGGUUCGUUGGCUGGUCACCCAGCUCUUCGUUGGAAACUUGAGUACCCCAGGAUCCCUUCCUCACUGUCUACCAUUCUUGAACCGUACUAUGAACGAAUGCCUGGAGUGGCAUACAUGCUCGGACUUUCACAUAUUAUUCAAAGAAACCCCUCUCGAGAGGCUUCAGUUGUUCUGGCUCUAAUAACUAGACUCAACUACGCCAUGGUCAUGAGGUUACCUGGGAAUACUUUAUAUAAAGAGGAUCUCAUGCUUCCCGUUGCAGUGCCACUCAGUCCUUAUAUCCAAAUUUCCAAAAUCAUUGAUGUUCCAUCAAGAAUCCUUGCCAGUCUGGAUGGUAUGUGUAAAGUAGAGGGUCAGACAGUCACAACUUUCCAUGGACAAAGCAUCAGUGAAGGAUUGGUAUCAGACUGUUACCUGGAUUUGUUGCAAGACUGUACCUGCCACAAGGACUUUAUGGUGUUGCUGAAAUAUGAAUCUGAUAACAACAACCGUAUACUGCUCAAUAGCACCAUUGAAUACACGGAAUUUGUCUUCAAGUAUCGUGAUGCAAAACCUUUGGUAAUAAUUAAUGGUACUAUCAUAACGCCCGGUGAGCCUGCCCUGCGCAAUCUCAGAGACACAAAUCGUGUUAUUAUUACAGUAAAAUCAGACAAGAUAAUACUUGAAGCUCCAGAUGCUGGAGUGAAGCAACUGGUCUAUGAUGGAGAAACUGUCAUGGUUGAGGUGACUCCUGCAAUUGGAUUGACCUGUGGUCUCUGUGAAAUGCAAGGUGGAGAAGAAGGACAUCUCCGAACCCCAAGUGGCUAUAUGGCCAAAGACCUUGUUAGCUUUGCCCAGUCCUGGGUAGUUCCUGAUGCCUUAGACGGAACCUGCAAGCUGCAGCACUCAACAGUGACACAUGAAAAUCCAGUGCUGGUUGCAGAAGAAAAUUCCCAGUGUGUUUCCAACCAUCCCGUUUUGCAAUGCCAAGAAGGGUGCUUGCCCACCAAAACCAGUGAGAUUUCUGCCGGUUUCCACUGUGUACCAGCUGGAACCACGUUGCCUACUGAAAUGACAAAACUUUUUGAAAAACCUGAAGACUUUGUAGACACCGUUCGAUCCCAUGUGGCCUGCUCUUGUUCUCAGUGAAGCGUGUAUCUAUUACCAAUUUCCACCUGAACCUCAAUCUGUGAUAUUGUUUUUUGUGUGGUCUGGUCUCUCAAUUCAGAGCAACUGCAUAUAUGUUAAUUUAAGUAUUGUAAAAGUCUUACUAAAACCUAGAUCUCUGUCCCAUCCCAAUCCAAGUACAGAGAACUAUGAAUUAAACUAAUGGCUUCCUAAUAAACUAUUGCAUUCAAAAUGA